AUGUCGAACACUCAAGUCGGUUCAAUCUAUCAACAAAUUAUCGCAGAUGUCAUCGAAAGUUCUCGAGUUGAUUUUGAAGAAAUGGGUGUUGAUGAGAAUGUUCUUGAGAUGUUAAGACAGGGAUGGCAAAAAAAACUUUCACAACUCGAGGUAGCGAAUUUUCCUUGGGAUCCAAAACCAGAACCAAUCCUGCCAAUGAACAACCCAUCGAAUAUUCCCUCCAACCUAAAUAAUUAUCAACAUGUUGGAAACCAAGGGAUUUCUCACCAACCUGUUCAACAGUUAAAUAUGAUGAACAAAAAUGGAUCUAUAAUCAAAUCAGAGCAAGGACCGGAUAAUCAAUCAAUAUCCCAGUUUGGGAACCAGAUUCCUAACCUUCCAGCGACGACGACGACAGCUCAGCAACGCGCCGCUGCUCAUUUACAUAAUAAUUACGGUCCUCGUGCUGCGGCUUCUAUCAAUGCAAUACACCAAGGAGCUACUCACGGCCAGGUUAGCUCUUCCAUCCAACAAGUACAGAUGUUACAAAUGAUGCAACAAAAACAACAGCAAAAUCUUCAUCAUCAACAGCAACAUCAACUUCAGCAGCAACAACACCAAAAGCUACAGCAACAACAGCAACAACAGCAACAACAUCAGCAGCAGCAGCAGCAGAAACAACUAGAAACCUCGCAGAAAGGCAUUGAUUCUGUCCAAAACUCGUCAAGCCAACAGCAGUCUACCAAACAAGAGUAUCCUAUGGAGCAAAUCAUUGCUACUUCAUCUAUUAGCCCGCAGGCUGCUCUGCAAAAGAGUACAACAAGUGAUAUUAGUAAUGCUCAGACAGAUGGUACAAGCGAGAAUAGAGAAAGCUUAGAUCAGGAAACGAUGUCGGGUAACGAUUGCAACCAAUCGACGAUCAGACGUCAAGAAAUUGAUUGUUUAAUACGGCAAAAAAUUGAAGCGAUGGGAUCUACCAUGGAAGGUGGUGGAAUCAUGCUUCCGCUAAAUCAAGUUACCGCUACCCCUUUCAAAAUAGGCCGAGCAAAAAUUUCUACAAAUGAAACCAGAGCUCAAGUCGAUGGUGGCGACGAUGAUGCCGACGAUGCAAAAGAUGAAGAGCUUGACGAAGAUGCGAUAAAUUCUGAUCUUGACGAUCCUGACGAAGGUCUCAAUGAAGAGGACGAAGAAGAGGAUGGUAUGGGUCAUAUUAUGCUCUGUAUGUAUGACAAGGUCCAGCGGGUUAAAAAUAAGUGGAAGUGUGUGAUGAAAGAUGGUGUCUUGACGGUCAAUAACAAAGAAUAUGUCUUUCAUAAAGCAUCUGGAGAAUAUGAGUGGUAA